AUGGCCGCAAAAACUGCAAAAUUACACACGAAUGUGUCACAUCGAGCCAGGGACAGAGAGGCUCUCGAGCGCAAAGUCGUGUUCAAGAGCGUCCUCCAUAAUCCAUUUCACAUAGCAUGGCCAUCUGUACCGGCGAACGUACAAAAUACCGCUCUUGCCCGACUUCUCGCCAUGAUCGAAGGUGUUUCCGAGUAUCAUCUUGCUCGUGAGCACGCCAGCCGGAAGCGGAAAGCUCAAAGGAGCGCGGAGGCUCGAAAGAUCAAAAAAGGGCAGAAAAUACCCUUGGAAAAUGCGAUGCUCGUGGAUACGGCAGAGGCUGGUCCAUCUCAGCCUGCUGGAGAAGCGUCAUCUUCGGAUGCAGCGCUUCGUGCGCCCGCGAUUCUUCGGCAUAUAUCAGUCGGCAUAAACGAAGUCACCAAGCGUCUCGAACAUCAAGCCAGGUCACACCGCGAAACCAUCUCUGUCUCAGAGAAUCAUUCCGAUACAUCUCAAUCAAGAACUGCAAUCAGUGUCGUCUUCGUCUGUUUAUCUGAUGUCGACCCUCCGAACCUCAUAGCCCACCUGCCCCAACUGAUCGCUGCUUGUAAUUCCCAUUCCACUCCCGGCAGCUCUGAAAUUUGUCGACCGACUAUCAAGCUCGUUACGCUUCCCAAACAAGCCGAGUUCACCUUGGCCGAAGCCAUGGGCUUGAGACGAGUUGCAACCAUAGCCAUUGAUGCUGCUGCUCCUUGUCUAUCAGAAUUAGAAACUGUUAUCGAUUGUGUCCCCUUGUUGAACGCUCCUUGGAUCACUCUCCCCGACCCGGCUUCUCAUCGCUUGGAACCAACCCACAUUAAGCAACUGCGGACCACCGCGCCAAAGGACAUGAAGGCCGCCAAGGAACUUCGUGCUAAAGGCCGAGCGGCUGCGAAGGAGAGGAAGAAACGUCCGCGCCACGAACCUGGUGGUAUGUUGAAGGGAUCUAAAAGGGUCAAGAUAUCGACGGCGUCGGUGUGA